GCUUUAGAUAAGUCUGGCCGUAAACUUUCCAUCUCAGAACAUGAUUCUCUGCUGAAGAUGAAUGUAUCUGCACUAAAGUCUUCAUGCCCUCUACCAGGAUAUGUCUCACUGUUUGUGGGGAUGCCCAUGAUUUUACACUCCCAGAACCUCUCAACUGACCUUGGCAUCACAAAUGGUUCACAAGGCAUUGUCCAGCAAAUUUUCAUCACAAGAUCAUCAGCAGGCUUCAACCAUGCAUCCUGUGUCCUGGUCCACUUCCCUGAUAGCAAAGUGCAUCUCAGCAAGCUUCCCCAAGGCUGGUAUCCCAUCUGUCCUGCAACAUGGACCUUUACAACUACAAUGGAUGGUGCCAAUGGCAUUCAAGAGAGGUUAUGGAUCACACGGGCCCAAGUCCCACUUCAACCAGCUUUUGCCAUCACUGCCCAUUCUGUGCAAGGCAAAACACUGCCUCGAGUUCUGGUAAAC